GCUUCUCGCUCUCUGUCUUUUUCUUGGACCUUUCCACUCCGAGAUUCCUUCCCCGACCUUUAUGUUCUAUCUAAGUCGCCUCCAGCAUUCUUUCCGCCCCUGACUGCAUCGCUCAUGCAAUCCCAGGCCCGGGGGGUUCCUCUACCACUCCGUACGCUUCAUGCCUAUGCUCCAUUGGCCUCGGAGACAGGACAUCCCUUAUAGCAGACAAGAUCCAGCACCAGUGUUCUGCGCCGUCCAUCCCAUCGUUAGCCUGGCAGGGGAUAGCGGAAAGCUGGUGUGAAAACGCAGCCGGAGGCUUUGUUCUCGGCCCAACGACAACGCAGGAAGAGAGAAGCACAAGGACAGAGUGGACGAGUUUCAUGCAUACCGUUACAGGAUGGGAGACUGCGGUUUCAACUCGUGGUGGGACGGAGUCUGGUGCUGAGACGGAGACUGCGAGGGGAGAUAUGUGGGGUUGGAAUACUAUCACCGGCUCGGAGACUUCUGGGAGAUAUCUUUUCCCGCCGUCGACGCCUCCGAGUCCGUCAAAUGCUGGCGCUACAUCAAUUUCGCCGAAAGUCGGUGCCCCUAUUAUUGUUGGCACGGUGCUGGGUGGUGUUGUUGGGAUUCUACUGCUAUCAUUGGGGUUGUGGGUCUGGAGGAGGCAGAGGAAGAAGAUGAACGAGGAGGAACGGGAAAUUAAGAGGAAGGCCAAGGGGAAAGAGAAGGCCGGUCACACUGAAGAGGCUGUGAUCAAGAAGGGAAAAGAGUCCGCCAAUGAUGACACAGAAGGAGAUCAAGGGAAAGGGACAGAAGGGGAAAGAGGAGGGAAUAAGAGUGAAUUAUGAUAUACAUCGGUAGUUUAAUCUGUUUAGCAUGCCCGGUCAACAUCGAUCACCAUGAUUGGAAAGUACCCA